AUGCAGAUGCUUUUUUUGUCUUGGCAGGUCGUGCAUGUUGCAGAACUCCGGCCUGCGUGGACACCUCUAUCCGAAUGCUCGCCGUCUCCGAGCGGUCACAAGGACAACGAAUUCGAAGAGUUCAAUGGGUUUGAAGAAGAUAGGUCCGACGAGUCCGCCGAAGCCCCCGAGCAGCAACUCGUCCACCCCGAAGACGUGGACGACGAAGUCCUCAAACACCCAGCUGUACGGGACCUAGAUUUGAGGGUAGCAUCUCACUAG